UUGGCCUUCAACUCCAAAACCACACAAACAUAUUGCAAACUAAGAAACAAAGUUUCUUAAUUUUGCUAUCUUUUGAGAUUAUAAUUAUUAUUAUUCUUCUUUUUUUCUUCUUAACUUUAGAAUUUAUACUAAAAUGGCGGUUCCAGUGAUUGAUUUCUCAAAGUUGGAAGGAGAUGAGAGGGAGAAAACAAUGGCUGAAAUUGCCAAGGGAUGUGAAGGAUGGGGUUUCUUUCAGCUUGUGAACCAUGGAAUCUCUACCGAGCUUUUAGAAAGAGUAAAGAAAGUGUGUUCCGAUUGUUUCAAGUUAGAAAGAGAAGACAGAUUCAAAAGCUCGAACACGGUUCAUUUACUUAAUAACUUAGUCGAUACAAAAGAGGAGGGAAAACGCUUGGAAGAUAUCGAUUGGGAGGAUGUUUUCCUCCUCCAAGACAAUAACCAAUGGCCUUCUAAUCCUCCGGAGUUCAUAGAAAUAAUGAAAGAGUAUAGAAAGGAAUUGAAAACACUUGCUGAGAAAGUGAUGGAAGUUAUGGAUGAGAAUCUUGGAUUAGAGAAAGGAUACAUAAAGAGAGCAUUCUCCGGCGAAGAUCAACCGUUCUUCGGGACGAAAGUGAGUCAUUAUCCUCCUUGCCCACACCCGGAAAUGGUCACCGGUCUCCGGGCACACACCGAUGCCGGAGGAGUCAUUCUUCUCUUCCAAGACGACAAAGUUGGCGGUCUCGAAAUGCUUAAAGACGGCGAAUGGCUCGACGUGCAACCAUUGCCCAAUGCCAUUGUUAUAAACACAGGAGAUCAAAUUGAAGUGAUUAGCAAUGGCAAGUAUAAGAGUGCUUGGCACCGAGUGCUUGCUAAAACCGACGGUAAUCGUCGGUCUAUCGCUUCAUUUUAUAAUCCUUCACUGAGUGCGACGAUUGCACCGGCAACGGAGAAGGUUGAGAAGAAGGUGUUGAAUGAAGGAAAGAGUGAAAAUGAUGAAGAGAUUGAGUAUCCAAAGUUUGUUUUUGGGGAUUAUAUGGAAGUGUAUGUCAAGCAGAAGUUCUUGCCAAAGGAGCCAAGGUUUCAUGCAGUGAGAGCUGUUUGAAUUAAGUUAAAAAGGUUUGUUUGAGCUCAAGUUUCAUGCAGUUUGGUUUGGUUUGGUUUGGUUUGGUUUGUGUUGUUGGUUUGAAAAGUGAUGCUUGUUUGUAAUAAACCAGAGCAUCCUUUCUGAUGUUUUAUUAUGGUUUUUUAUGGUUUUAGUAGUACUAGUGUUUGUUUGAUGGAGUCUUAUUGAUUAAUAAGUUUAUUAUGUAGUUGGUGCAUUGGAUUGUUUUAUGAUUUUUAAUGAAUUAUAUAAGUUUGUGGUAUUUUUGGUAU